AUGAUGAUAAUUUUGGUGAUCAUAACUGUGGAGGUCCAGACGAGUCGGUCACAACGAGCCGUGAUCUUCUGUCACCACGUCAACGUGUCAAAAAUGGACAUCCCCGCUGAUAUUUCCAAUGAUACGCAAUGGCUGAGGGUACAGAAGACCAAAAUCCAAAUAAUUCCAAGGGAUGCAUUCGCUCGCUUUCAGGAUCUCAGGAAAGUGGAAAUCGUCAAAAACCAAGCCCUGAAAAACAUCUCCGGCUCAGCUUUCUCCAGGCUUCCUCGUCUAGAAGACAUUUACAUCUCACAAAAUGGUGCGUUGGAGUCAAUCGGAGAAUCGGCUUUUUCAGAUCUCCCUGAACUCAAACAUCUGACCAUCGCCACAUCCAAACACCUGACGUUCAUCCACAGAGACGCCUUCAAGAAUCUUACAAAGCUAGAGCUUCUGAUCAUCUCUAAUACGGGAAUCCAGACCUUCCCGGAUUUCUCCAAGUUGCACUCGAGUUUCAACUACUUGACGCUCGACCUGCACGACAACAGCCACCUACAGGAAGUGCCCGCCAAUGCAUUCAACGGCGCCUGCACGCGAAUCAUCGGAGACAUAAGGCUGGUCAUGAACGGCAUCAAGACGGUGGCGAGCGAUGCUUUCAACGGCACCAGGAUGUACAGAUUGUCUCUGAAGGGCAACCGGCAACUGAGUCACAUCCAUCCUCACGCCUUCGCGGGUUCCAGUGAGUUGGUCAAACUUGAAAUUUCACAGACGGCGUUGAGCUCGCUGCCAGACGCCAUCUUGGGCGGCCUUCAAGUUCUGAUCGCGGAAUCAGCGGCGCACAUGAAGAAGCUUCCUCCUCAACAAGCCUUCACCAGGCUGGAAAACGCCAAUGUGACGUACCCGUCGCACUGCUGCGUCUUAAGAACCCUGAUCAGGAACAGUUCCGUGCACGAACUGUGCUCGCAGCCGGGGGCCCGCGAGCAUCAUGCCUUCUAUCAGGCUCACUGCUUAGGGGUUUACAAUGCCACAUGCAGCCCGGCCCCCGACGACUUUAAUCCUUGUGAGGACAUCAUGACCGCCACCCCGCUGCGGGCUCUCAUCUGGGUGGUAUCCGUGCUGGCUUUGCUGGGAAAUGUAGUUGUGCUGCUGGUCUUGUUAGGCAGCGCAUCCAAGAUGACAGUUCCGCGCUUCCUCAUGUGCCACCUGGCGUUCGCCGAUCUGUGUAUGGGCGUGUACCUCUUGGUCAUCGCUGUCAUGGACGCGCUGACCCGGGGACACUACCACAACCACGCCAUCGAUUGGCAGACGGGCUUGGGAUGCGAGGCCGCCGGUUUCUUCACUGUGUUUUCCAGUGAACUGUCGGUGUUCACGCUAACGACCAUCACUCUGGAGCGCUGGCACACCAUCAAACACGCGUUGCGUCUGGACCGCAAGUUCCGUCUGAGGCACGCCUGCGCUGUCAUGACGGCCGGAUGGAUCUUUUCCAUCCUUGCCGCCAUCAUGCCGGCGCUGGGAGUCAGCAGCUACAGCAAGGUGAGCAUCUGCCUGCCGAUGGACGUGGAGUCGGCGUGGUCCCAAGCAUACGUGGUGUCGUUGCUUCUACUCAACAUGGUGGCCUUUGCAUGCGUGUGCGCCUGCUACCUGAGUAUCUACCUGGCAGUGCACCACCCAUCGGGCGCGCCGGCCCGCGCUGACGCCCGGGUGGCGCAGCGCAUGGCCGUGCUUGUGUUCACCGACUUCGUCUGCAUGGCGCCCAUCUCAUUCUUCGCCGUGUCGGCGGCGCUCAAGCAACCACUAAUCACUGUGUCAGACGCCAAACUGCUACUGGUGCUCUUCUACCCCAUCAACUCCUGCGCCAACCCUUUCCUCUACGCCUUCUUCACACGCGCCUUUCGACGUGACUUGGUCUUGCUGGCUGCACGUUUCGGCCUGUGCAGGGCGCGCGCCCACGGCUACCGUGCUGAUAGCUCAUCACAGCUCGUUGGAGCCUUCAUUGGGGCCGGACGUGGGGACAGAUGA